GAAGAAGCGUACUGUACUUGUGUUCUCGCCACUGUGUAGCCUACGUGAAAUCCCGGUGGAUUUGAAGUUGUUGAUCAACUAAAAUGACUUGUGGUUGUCAUCGUGAACAAUUAAGGAUCUUUGGAAAACAUUGAUAUUCCUGUAGCCUACUUGGUUACCUCUCCAAACGUACAGGCAGGCCUAUGUGGAUAUGAGAUAUCUGAGGCACAUUUAAAACUUCAAACGCACAGAUUACGUAAUGGAGAUGGAUUUCCAAAGGCUGCUAUUGCAGGUGGAACAAGCCCUGAGCAGUGAAGAAGUGCAAGCGCUUGCGUUUCUUUGCAAAGACCUGCUUGAGAAAGACUGGAGCUCAGUGCCCACAGCAAGUAAACUCUUCUCUCUUCUGACGGACCAAGAACUGUUAACCCCCAAUCAACCUUACUUGCUUGCUGAUCUACUACGCACCAUCCAGCGCCACAGCUUGAUGCGAGAGCUUGGCCUCGACAACCAGCUUCCAACAACCAGUAGCUUAAUCUCUCCUUAUAGAAAGCUGUUGUAUGACUUGUCAGAGAACAUCACUGAAGACGAGUUGAGAGAGAUGAAGUUCUUAUUGAUUAAUGUACUCCCUCGUAGGAAACUGGAGGACAACGUGAGUACCUUGCAGGUAUUCCUGGAAAUGGAGAAAGUGGAUAUUUUGAGCGUCAUAAAACUAAACACUGUUGAAAGUAUGUUUGGAAGUGUCUGCCCCAUGUUGAAAACAAGAAUCAACCAUUUUAAGACACUGAUGGGGCCAGUAACCCAAGAAACAGGGAUGGGAUGUUUAAGAUCAAGGUCUGCGUCUGCAACUCUUCCAGAAAACCAAGCUGCCUCCAUGCUUCCAAAGAGACCUGUGUCAUGUGGACAAUCAGGUUCACAGCCUUCAUCUGAGGUGUCCUCUCUGAAUCCAGCUGACACCUGUCUGGAAGUUCGGAGGGUCUCAGAUACAGCGGAUGCAGGACGUUCACAUAGGCUGGGUCUCCUUAGUACCAGUGGGGACAACUGUGCUGCUCUCAGCCAAGCCGCCUCCAACGCCAUCUUAGAGAAUUUGGCACUUCUCUCCCGUAGAGAAUCACCACGUUUCAUCCACAUCCUCAGACUGGAAACACCAAAAAAAGAGGAAGUGGGAGAAUAUGCUAUGACAGGGAAAAAAAGAGAGGUUUCUUGUCUGAUAAUUAACAACUACAACUUCAGAAAUUCUCCAAAACUCCUAAACAAUACAGAGGGAACACAGGUUGAUGAAAGGAGUUUGGUGAGUGUUUUUGAGUGGCUGGGCUUUGAGACGCAGGUUGAGCCAGACUGCAGCCGGGAGCAGUUACUCUCUCUAGUUGCGGAGCUACGCAGCCGCGACCACAGCCAGAUGGACUGCCUGGUGUGCUGCGUUCUGAGCCACGGGCUGGAGGGAGGUGUUUACGGGGUGGACGGGCUGGAGGUCAGAGUCAGGGAGCUCACAGAGCCCUUCGCUGGACUGGAGUGCAGCUCACUGAGGGGAAAGCCCAAGCUGUUCUUUAUCCAGGCCUGUCAGGGCACCAAGGAACAACAGCCAGUGUUCAUCCAGUCCGAUUGCCCAGGCACUGAUGGCUCUACCACCACCAGCUCUAUCUGCACUGAUGCAGUGGUACCCAGAGAUUCCAUUCCCUCUGAUGCCGACUUCCUUCUGGGCAUGGCCACCGUCCCUCACUUUUCCUCUUUCAGAGAAAAGAGUAAGGGCACUUGGUUCAUCCAGUCAUUGUGCAGGAACCUCAUCAACUUGGUUCCCAGUGGAUAUGACUUCCUGUCCAUCCUGACCAAGGUGAAUGAUGAUGUCAGCAGAAUGAGUAACAACCUUGGAACUAGGAAGCAGAUGCCCCAGCCUGCAUACUCACUCAGGAAGAGGCUAGUCUUUCCCAUCCCCGAAGACACACCUCCCAGGCUAUGUGAGCCACAAAUAUUGUCCUGAGACCCCUAGAGCAGAGGGGUUUAAAUCUGGUCCUUAUACUUUCCCACUAACUCAGGGACUGAUUCAGACACUAGAUGAGUGGACUGUCACCAACAAUAUAUACACUGCACCCUCUGGGAUCCCUCAGGUAGAAGCUGCAGGUCUAUAGUUUAUUUUUUUACACCUCGCUCUGUUUUAUAUAUAUAAAAAUGAAAUUCAGUAGAAAUAUAUCAAAAGAACUGUAAGUAGAAAAUUGUAGGAAAUGUUUUUAAAGCUGCAAUAUGAAACUCCUGACCAAAUUCACAUAGAAAUAUGAGUAAUAGAGCUGUCAUUUUCAUUGAAAGCAGGUCUAAGAAGCGGUAGAUCUGUUCUAUGUGCUCCAUUUCUAUACUUGUUUUUGCAUCUUUAACUUUCGAUUUUGUACACCAGCUUCAAACAGCUCAGUUGAAAAUACAAUAUUUUUGGUUAUGGAAAAUAUAUUUCACAGCG